CUCUCCGUACAGAGCAGCAGAAGAGAAACACGGCCCUCCAUCCACUCCUCUUCACUGGACAUUCCUUUCUUUCUCUCUCCCUCCGAACAACCCGUCCCACCAUCCACCAACUUUUCCUUCCAAUUUCCUCUCUCUCUCUCUGAAAUCGGGCCUUGUCUUCCUUAUUGCAUGACCCUUUCUUCUUCCUCCACGUGUCACUUCCCGUUGUAUCAACUCUCUCCUCCUUUCCACUCCCCUCUAAUUCUACAAAUAUAAUAAAUUUCUCUUUCUCUCUCUUCUUUCGAUCAUGUCAUUUUGAUCUGGAUUUCAUAUUUCUAGCUAUCACUUUGCUUCACCCAUAUACAGGGACAGGGAAAUUUUGAAGCGCGCGGAGGAGUAUAUAUCAUAAGGCCUCGAGGUUACAUCAAUGUCUAACCUCGAGUCAGGCCCCCAGGGGCUGACGAGGCGGCCAUCGCGCAGUGCCGCCACCACCUUCUCGACGGAGGUGUUCGACAAUGAGGUGGUUCCUUCGUCGUUGGCUUCCAUCGUUCCCAUUCUCCGUGUCGCUAAUGAAAUCGAGAACGAGCGACCUCGCGUCGCCUAUCACUGCCGAUUUUACGCGUUUGAGAAAGCUCACCGGUUGGAUCCCAGCUCCAGCGGGCGUGGUGUGAGGCAGUUUAAAACGUUGCUCCUUCAACGUUUAGAGAGGGACAAUUCUUCAAGUCUUGCUUCUCGGGUUAAAAAAACAGAUGCAAGGGAAAUUGAGAGCUUCUAUCAACAAUACUAUGAACACUACAUCAGAGCUCUUGACCAGGGAGAACAGGCAGAUAGAGCCCAACUCGCCAAGGCUUACCAGACUGCUGGAGUUCUUUUUGAAGUGCUAUGUGCCGUUAACAAGAGUGAGAAGGUUGAAGAAGUUGCUCCUGAGAUUAUAGCGGCUGCAAGAGAUGUCCAAGAAAAAACGGAGAUUUAUACACCAUAUAACAUUCUCCCUCUGGAUUCAGCUGGGGCUUCUCAAUCUAUCAUGCAGCUUGAUGAGGUCAAGGCUGCCGUAGCUGCCUUGUGGAACACUCGAGGCUUGAAUUGGCCUCAUGCAUUCGAGCAGCACCGGCAGAAAGCUGGGGAUUUAGACCUCCUUGAUUGGCUUAGAGCUAUGUUCGGAUUCCAGAGAGACAAUGUCAGGAACCAGAGAGAGCAUUUGAUUUUGCUGCUUGCUGACGCUCAUAUAAGGCUGCAGCCCAAGGCUGAACCACUUAACAAGCUUGAUGAUCGAGCUGUUGAUAUAGUUAUGAGCAAGCUUUUUAAGAACUAUAAGACUUGGUGUAAAUUUUUGGGCCGAAAACAUAGUUUAAGGCUUCCUCAAGGUCAGCAAGAGAUACAGCAGAGGAAAAUUCUCUACAUGGGUUUAUACUUUCUUAUCUGGGGUGAAGCAGCAAAUGUCCGCUUCAUGCCAGAGUGUUUAUGUUACAUUUUUCACAAUAUGGCCUACGAGUUACAUGGCUUAUUGGCCGGAAAUGUGAGCAUUGUUACUGGUGAAAAUAUCAAGCCUUCCUAUGGUGGGGAUGAUGAGGCAUUUCUACGUAAGGUUAUAACACCUCUUUACCGUGUUAUUGAAAAGGAGUCGAACAAGAGUGGAAACGGAAAAGCUCCUCACUCCGGUUGGUGCAACUAUGAUGAUCUGAAUGAGUAUUUCUGGUCAUCUCAUUGCUUCUCUCUUGGUUGGCCAAUGCGUGAUGAUGGCGACUUUUUCAAAUCAACUCGUGAUCUGAAACAGGGGAGGAAGGGUCCUCGAAGAAAGUCUGGAAGCACAGGAAAGUCAUACUUUGUUGAAACUCGAACAUUUUGGCACAUUUUUAGAAGUUUUGAUCGAUUAUGGACAUUUUAUGUACUUACUCUACAGGCAAUGAUUAUUAUUGCAUGGAAAGGAAUUUCACCAAUAGACAUUUUCCGAAAGGAUGUCCUGUAUCAUGUAUCUAGUGUUUUCAUUACAGCAGCUUUUCUUCGCUUACUUCAAAGUAUAUUGGACCUGUUUUUGAAUUUUCCGGGAUAUCAUAGGUGGAAGUCUACUGAUGUACUGAGAAAUCUUCUGAAGAUAAUUGUUAGUCUUGCAUGGGUUGUAAUUCUUCCUCUCUUUUACAUGCAUUCGUUUAAGGGAGCCCCUGUCCAAAUCAGAGAUAUGCUUUCAUUUCUUAAGCAAGUAAAUGGUGUUCCUCCUUUUUACAUCCUUGCCGUUGCAAUAUAUUUGAUUCCAAAUUUGCUAGCAGCAGCUUUAUUCAUAUUCCCAAUGCUCCGGCGUUGGAUUGAAAAUUCAGACUGGCACAUUAUUCGGUUCCUCUUAUGGUGGUCACAGCCCAGAAUAUACAUUGGCAGGGGGAUGCACGAAAGUCAAUUUGCACUUAUAAAGUAUACACUUUUUUGGGUGAUACUUUUGUGUUCCAAGCUUGCAUUCAGCUAUCUUGCCCAGAUUAAACCUCUAGUGAAGCCAACAAAAGAUAUAAUGAGUAUUCACAGAGUGGAAUAUGAAUGGCAUGAGUUUUUCCCCAAGGCUCAAAACAACUAUGGAGCGGUUGUAUCACUUUGGGCACCAGUUAUCAUGGUUUAUUUUAUGGAUACACAAAUUUGGUAUUCAAUUUAUUCAACUUUGUAUGGUGGUGUCAUUGGGGCCUUCGAUCGCCUAGGAGAGAUACGAACAUUGGGGAUGCUUAGAUCAAGGUUCCAGUCCUUACCCGGUGCAUUCAACACAUAUCUGGUGCCUUCAGAUAGGUCGCAGAAAAGAGGAUUUUCUUUUGCCAAGCGUUUUGCUGAGAUUACAGCAAGCAGGAGAAGUGAAGCUGCGAAAUUUGCACAGUUGUGGAAUGAAGUUAUCUGUAGCUUCCGAGAGGAAGAUCUCAUUAGUGACAGGGAAAUGGAUUUGCUGUUAGUUCCUUAUUCAUCAGAUCCAGGCCUAAAGAUUAUUCAGUGGCCACCUUUUUUGCUUGCCAGCAAGAUACCAAUAGCAUUAGACAUGGCAGCUCAAUUUAAAUCCAAGGACUCUGAUCUCUGGAAGCGUAUAUGUGCUGAUGAAUACAUGAAAUGUGCAGUGAUUGAAUGUUAUGAAUUUUUCAAGCAUGUCUUGAGUGUUCUUGUGGUUGGAGAAAAUGAGAAAAGGAUAAUUAGCAUCAUUAUUAAAGAAGUUGAAAGUAGCAUCUCAAAAAAUCUGCUUCUUGCAAACUUCAGAAUGGGUCCUUUACCUACUCUCUGCAAGAAAUUUGUGGAGCUUGUAGAAAUCCUGAAAGAUGCUGAACCAUCCAAUAAAGAUACAGUGGUGUUGUUACUGCAAGAUAUGCUGGAAGUUGUCACCCGUGACAUGAUGGUGAAUGAGCUUAGGGAAUUGGUUGAAGUUGGUCAUAGUAGCAAGGAUACUGGGAGACAACUUUUUGCAGGUACUGAUACAAGACCUGCCAUAGCAUUCCCCCCAGUUGUCACAGCUCAGUGGGAAGAACAGAUAAGACGCCUAUACCUCUUGUUGACAGUGAAGGAAUCUGCUACUGAUGUGCCGACUAACCUCGAAGCUUGUAGAAGAAUCUCAUUUUUCACAAAUUCACUGUUCAUGGAUAUGCCACGUGCCCCCAAAGUCCGGAAAAUGCUUUCUUUCAGUGUCAUGACCCCAUACUACAGUGAGGAGACAGUGUACUCUAAAACUGACCUUGAGUUGGAAAAUGAAGAUGGUGUAUCAAUCUUAUAUUACUUGCAGAAAAUUUUCCCAGAUGAGUGGAAUAACUUCAUGGAGAGAAUUAAUUGUAAGAAAGAUAGCGAGAUAUGGGAAACUGAGGAAAACAUUUUACAACUUCGUCAUUGGGUCUCCCUAAGAGGACAAACUCUCUGCAGAACAAUUCGAGGAAUGAUGUACUAUAGACGAGCUUUGAAGCUUCAGGCUUUUCUUGACAUGGCUAAUGAAAGUGAGAUACUUGGAGGCUACAAAGCCAUAACAGUUCCAUCAGAGGAAGAUAAAAAAAGCCAAAGAUCUCUUUAUGCUCAACUAGAAGCGGUUGCUGACAUGAAAUUCACAUAUAUCGCUACCUGUCAAAACUAUGGCAACCAGAAGCGAAGUGGAGACCGUCGUGCAACAGACAUCCUGAACUUGAUGGUCAAUAACCCUUCUCUUAGGGUGGCAUAUAUUGAUGAAGUUGAAGAGAAUGAAGGAGGAAAAGUACAUAAGGUUUAUUAUUCAGUAUUGGUGAAAGCUGUUGAUAAUCUUGAUCAGGAAAUCUAUCGGAUAAAAUUGCCGGGUUCAGCCAAGAUAGGAGAAGGAAAGCCGGAAAACCAAAACCAUGCUAUAAUUUUUACUCGAGGAGAAGCUCUUCAGACGAUUGACAUGAAUCAGGACAAUUAUUUGGAAGAAGCUUUGAAAAUGCGUAACCUUUUGGAAGAAUUCAAUGAGGAUCAUGGGGUGCGUCCACCUACAAUCUUGGGAGUUCGUGAGCAUAUUUUUACUGGAAGUGUGUCUUCUCUGGCUUGGUUUAUGUCAAAUCAAGAAACAAGCUUUGUGACCAUAGGUCAAAGAGUUCUCGCAAGACCUUUGAAGGUUCGGUUCCACUAUGGUCAUCCAGACGUCUUCGACAGAAUUUUUCACAUUACUCGUGGUGGUAUUAGCAAGGCUUCUCGCGGAAUCAACUUGAGCGAGGAUAUCUUUGCUGGUUUCAACUCAACUCUUAGGCGAGGGAAUGUCACUCACCACGAGUAUCUUCAGGUUGGAAAGGGUAGAGAUGUUGGGCUCAAUCAAAUAUCUCUCUUUGAAGCAAAGGUGGCUUGUGGUAAUGGAGAGCAGACACUCAGCAGGGAUAUCUAUCGAUUAGGGCACCGUUUCGACUUCUUCCGUAUGAUGUCGUGCUAUUUUACGACAGUAGGAUUUUAUGUCAAUGCCAUGUUGGUUGUCCUUACAGUAUAUGUUUACUUGUACGGGAAACUAUAUCUGUCAUUGAGUGGACUAGAGCAAGCAAUAGUGAAAUUUGCUAGGGCCAAAGGAAACAAUGCUCUGAAGGCAGCCAUGGCUUCACAAUCAGUUGUUCAAUUAGGCCUGUUAAUGGCCUUGCCAAUGAUCAUGGAAAUUGGAUUAGAGAGAGGAUUUCGAACUGCAUUAGGGGACAUGAUAAUUAUGCAGCUGCAGCUUGCAGCUGUGUUUUUUACAUUUUCUCUUGGCACAAAGGUUCAUUAUUAUGGACGAACCAUCCUGCAUGGUGGUGCAAAAUAUAGAGCAACUGGGCGUGGUUUUGUUGUCAAGCAUGAGAAGUUUGCUGAGAAUUAUAGAAUGUACUCAAGAAGUCACUUUGUGAAAGGGCUGGAACUUAUGAUAUUGCUUGUAGCAUAUCAUAUAUAUGGUUCUGCUGCACCUGAUACUGCAACCUAUACCUUCCUUACCUUCUCCAUGUGGUUCUUAGUGGCAUCUUUUCUGUUUGCGCCUUUUCUUUUUAACCCUAUGGGAUUUGAAUGGCAAAAGAUUGUGGAAGAUUGGGAUGAUUGGAGUAAGUGGAUAAGCAGCCGUGGUGGUAUUGGUGUGCCAGCAAAUAAGAGCUGGGAAUCCUGGUGGGAUGAGGAACAAGAGCAUUUGCAGCACACUGGCUUCUUAGGACGAUUCUGGGAGAUUGUUCUUUCUUUGCGCUUCUUUCUUUAUCAGUAUGGAAUUGUAUACCAUUUAAAUGUGGCCAGGAAUGAAACAAGCAUCAUCGUUUAUGGUUUCUCUUGGCUGGUCAUUGUUGCUGUGAUGAUCAUCUUAAAGAUUGUGUCCUUGGGUAGAAAGAAAUUCAGUGCAGACUUUCAGUUGAUGUUCAGACUUCUCAAAUUCUUGCUCUUCAUUGGAUUUAUAGUCACUCUCACUAUCCUGUUUACUUUCCUUAGCCUUACAGUUGGAGAUAUAUUUGCAAGCCUACUAGCCUUCAUGCCAACUGGAUGGGCAAUACUGCAGAUAUCACAGUCUCUCAGGCCAUUAAUGAAGGGCCUUGGAUUUUGGGGAUCUGUCAAAGCCUUGGGAAGAGGGUAUGAAUACAUGAUGGGGCUAGUAAUAUUUGCACCAGUGGCUAUACUGGCAUGGUUCCCCUUUGUAUCAGAGUUUCAAACCAGAUUGCUAUUUAACCAAGCCUUCAGCCGUGGACUUCAGAUUCAACGUAUUUUGGCUGGUGGAAAGAAGGACAAGUAAACAAUUUUUCUUUCCCCAAGGAGCAUGAAAAAUAUUCAAUUGCAAAAAAAGACACUAAUCAUAUUCAGAGGGAUUGAAUUUUUUGGAAAAAGGGAAUGAUGGUGGCUUAAAAUUGGAAGUUCAGUUACAUUAUGUCAAAAAAAAAAAAAAAAAAAGAAAGUCGCCUUGUUCUACUGUGUCAUCCUUGUAGCUUACAGAAUUUUACUUUAAACAAUUGAGUCCAAUACAUUUUUUUAAAAAAAAAUAAAAAAACCAUGUCCAAUACGUUUAGUUGUAACUUACAUUUUUAUAUUGUAAUGUAAAAAUGUCAUACACUGAUGACAUUGUUUUGCAAA